AUAUAGAUAUGUUUGAAGAAAAAAUUUGAAAAGAAGGUGUCAUUAACAUUUGUCUGAGAAUGUAUAGGGGAAUCUUUGGCAUGUGAGAUGUGAAAAGCUUUGUUGAAAUAGGUUAUUAAUUAGCCCAAAUGAAGUGUAUCUUCUCCUUCAGCCCCCAUAUCCAAAAUUAAGGUAGUUUAGAGCACUGAUUGAGCUCAGAGCGAACCAUGUUUCCUUUACAACGAGGCAAUGAGCUGGUUAUCCAGUUUUCUAAUAGUCCCCACCAGCAGCAGCAACACAAAAUCUCUCAAGAUCUGAUUCUGGAUGAUUAUGCUUCUCUGGAUGAUAAUGUUUCUGCCAAAAAAUUCUCCACAUCCCAACCACAGAAUCUUUUCUACCACCCAGAUAAAAACAAUCAUCAUGACUCUAACCAACAUAUGAAGAAGAUGAUUCACAAGGAGAUCGAAAGGCAAAGGAGACAAGAAAUGGCUACCUGCUAUGCCUCUCUCAGAUCCCUUCUCCCUCUUCACUUCAUCAAGUGUGAUAUUUUUCAGGGAAAGCGUUCAAUAUCUGACCACAUGAACGAGGCAGUGAACUACAUAAAGCACAUGCAGAACAAUAUCAAAGAGCUUGUUGCAAAGAGAGAUGAACUGAAGAAGCUUUCCAACUACAGCAGCAUGGAUAAUAGCCAUGAGGGUUUGCAUACAUCUUGCAACUUUACUGUCCAUGAGAAUAAUGGUGUUAUAGGAAUCGAAAUCACCAGUGGCUUCAGAGAGGAAAGGCCUAAAGUUUCCAAGUUACUGCAGUUACUGAUUCAAGAAGGUCUUGAAGUUGUAAGUUUCCUUUCAUCAGAAGUGAAUGGUCGAUUGCUCCACAGUGUGCAGUGUGAGGUAAACAAUUCCUACUGUGUAGAUCUAUCUGAGCUGAGAAGGAAAGUUUCGAAAGCAUUUCCAGCGUUUAGAUGUUCUGACUAACUUUGCUGUUGGAGCUAGCUAGGUUCACAAUCUCUCCAAUAACAGCAAAUUUACCAUGACAUGCAUUUUAGAUUAUGGUACCUAGAAAAACCUAAAGAGUUUCAGUGCUUAUUUUUUGAGUUAACAGUUGAAUGAGUUUGAACAAGUCAAGAGAAACCUUCUUCAAAUGGCAACACAUUCAACUAUUUGUCAAAAAUAAAUAAAUGUCAGCAAAACCAUAAAUUUCUCACAUUACCAUCGAAUUUCUCCUUUUAGACCUUUCAAACUUGAUAGACCUAAUUGUUUGAAUGAGUUUGCUUGAAAUUUUUGCAAUGGCAACUGUCCCAUUUUCUCACUUUGAUUGGAUUCUGUUUCUUUGUUUGGGAAGAGCGAGGGAAGAAGAAAGCAAGUUUAUGUAACUCGACCAUUUCAUUUCUUUUUCCCAAUUCCUUCCGUAGUUUUCUGCAAUAAAAUGGAUUCAUUAUCAAAUUUAA